AUAGGUAUAACCCUGAGAAUCUAUCAACACUGGAACGUUAUGUGGAGACGCAGGCCAGAGAGAAUGCAUAUGAUCUGGAAGCCAAUCUGGCAGUUCUUAAACUGUAUCAGUUCAAUCCUGCUUUCUUCCAGACCACUGUCACAGCACAGAUCUUGCUGAAAGCACUGACGAAUCUGCCACACACUGAUUUUACGCUCUGCAAAUGUAUGAUUGACCAGGCACAUCAAGAAGAACGACCAAUCCAGCAGAUCCUGAAUCUCGGUGAUCUGCUGGAGACCUGCCACUUCCAGGAUUUCUGGCGCAACCUGGAAGAAAACGCUGAGCUGAUUGAUGGAAUAACAAGCUUUGAAGAUUCAGUGCGAAAAUUUAUCUGUCACGUCGUUGGAAUUACUUACCAAACAAUUGAGAAGUGGCUGCUGGCUGAAAUGUUGGGAGAUCUGACGGAUAUGCAGUUGCAAGUUUGGAUGAGUAAGUACGGCUGGGUCGAGGCUGAACCAGAUAAAAUCUUCAUUUGCAACCAAGAAGAAAGUAUCAAGCCCAAAAACAUUGUGGAAAAGAUAGAUUUUGACAGUGUAGCUAGUAUCAUGGCAUCAUCGCAGUGAACACCUCCAUUGUAGACUCCCAGCUGUUUUCUGACCAAAAUGCUCUUCCUGUGAUUCUUGUACAAUUAAAGUAAUUUCAAAAAAUUUAUUGACAAUCAGAUUUACUUACUGAAUGAAGAAUUUGAAGCACAGGUGCAA